AGGUAUCAAGUAUUUCAUGGCGACUUGUGGGAGACAGAAUUGUGACUCAGUUUGCGCCUCGUUUGGUCUUCAAUGUGCCGGAACGGGCCAGAGCUUUCCAAACUCAUCUGCUUUAUCCAUAUUUCAGUCUUUGGGAAUAACUUGUGAAACAAGUGAUUAUACAGAUUUUUACUUCUACCGAGACCAACCAAAUUAUAUAUCAAGUUUGCCACAAAUGGACGUUAAUCUGCAGUGGGCUGGUAGAUGCACUGGAUUCAAGGCUAUACCUAGUAGUAUUGACUGUCACACGGCUAACAAUUCAAACGUUCGAAGGCUGUGCCCAUGCCAUAACUCUUCAGGUAGGCAUUGAAUUAUAUACGUUAAUAAUACAGUUUCAUACUAUCCAGUCAGUGUACUUUGUCCGCACCGAUUCGUAACUGUUAGUUUCUUAUUUUCCUUCAGUUUCACCAUGCAUAUAACCUCAGUUCUGGUUGAUACGAUAUGUGCCUUUUAUUGCAUUUGCCUUCAGUGUUGAACUGUUUUAUUUUGCCUUCUAGUCUUCUCCGACGAAGACGAAACACCGAAGGCACCGUCUUGCCUAAUGUAAGGAAAUCCAGGACAGUCUUGGAUUUUGGAUUCCACUUACCUGGAAUCGGUAUUCCUUGUCGGUGGAUUCUGGAUUCCAUUCCUUGAGCUGAAUUUCCAGUAAUAUGGAUUCCACAAGCAAAACCCGGACUACCUUACAUGAGGCGACACUGUCUUGCAGUGCUUCCACUUUAUCUAAGUCUGUUGGAUGUUAAAGGAAUACCAGGGUGUAAUAAAUCUCUGGAAUACCAACCCUAGUAUACUUUCCUUGGUCUUGGGUAGGAAUAUCUGCAGGUGGCCGGACAUAACCUCUUAAUUUCCCUCCGGUGGCUGCCUGUGAACGGAGUAUUAGUGGAAACUGAGAAAAGUUCAGCAACUCAAGUGAAGUCUGGUCCAAGCUAGAUUUUUGGUGACUUUAGUGCUAAGCAAAAAUAGAUAUACGGAGGUUUACUGUUUCAUCAUUAUUUUCCUGUUUGAUAGCUGUCCUUCCCCCAACGCAAUCGACUGCAACAGAGACUACCAACAAAAUAACAAACAUAACCUCAAGAAGAAUAGUAACAUCCGCUGCUCAAACCAGGGCCUUACAAGAACAUCCUACUGGAAACAAUGCGCCUCGUCGUCAAACAGAGAAUGGGGAUAACGCAUAUAAAAAUGCUCUAAUUGCGGUCAGCGUUAUCUUAGCUGUUGUUUUGGUGAUGUUCUUUGUGGUUCUGCUGUAUCUAUUCGUACAACGGAGAAGAAAACAUUUAAGGUAGUUUAAAUCAGUUAAGGCGACCAUGGUAUCAUGAUUUGGUUCAGUUUUCAUUAGAAAGAGCCCCAAUUAGUUCCAGUAAUCUUAGUUAUUUCAUUCUAGAUUUACUCUGCUUUUUUCUCUUCGUUUCCCUAUCGGAGUUGAACGCCCCCUUGUAUCGAGACUGCUGAAUUAAACGCCGUGAGACUAUGCGCCAAAAAGGUCGUAAUUUCACGUGUUCCGCUGCAUUUGCGUGUAGAAAUGGGAGGUUAUGAAAAACUUUGUAAGAAAACUCUCCCUCGGCCCUUUUUUGUAAUCUCGAUCAUUUGCCCUAUGCUUCACCGUUUAAGUAGCGAAAAGUCUAGGCGUACAGUGGCUGACUGUAGCGUAAACUCGCUGUCUCUUUCUGUUGGCCAGUAAUUUACUGGCUGAUGUUUCUAUUGCUCGUCACUUUUUCGUGGAUGUUUUUUUUUGUAUCAGCAAAGAAAAAAGAGAUGCUGAGAAGAGCGAUAAUGGAAAGUGUCAUGUUGAAUAUAACAAGACUGGAACUGGUACUUCAGAUAUGAUGGACGGCUUAGCUGUAGUGACGGCUGACGACAAUAGGUGUGUUUUUGUCAAUACUAUUUUUUAAAAAAUCCGCAACAUAUUAUAACUAUUAUAACUAUUCACACAGCGCGCAGCUGUGUGUUAUUCAGGGGUAAAUUUGAUAAAAUUUUUACAAGUGUGUGAAAAUAACAAGAGUAGCCACUGUUUUAGAGUUUAACACAAUAGCUAGACUUGUAAAGAACAGUAAACGUUUUAUUAAACUGACCGCUGCAGGCUUAUCGAUCAAACGGUGCUCGUGGCCUGCGGAAUUAGCUUAGAGCGCAGACCUUACAGAGCGGGAUAACGGGGGUUCAGACUCGUACCCAGUCGCUUAUCUGUAUUCGCGCGGUGGUUAAUGAGAAGGAUUUGCCAUGUGAGUUCGCAGCCCAUCAAGGGAAGGAAGGAAGAAAAACACGAAGCUUUUCCACCUUUUUACCAUAUUCCUUUGAGAGAAGAACAGUAAGUAUCGACUGGCUAUGAAUCUGACGUGGGUUCGACCCGUUGCAGUGGACCCAUACAAGUUUUGAAAGAAAUCACUAUUUCGCGGCUGGUACAUGCAUGACCCAUUAAUCACGCAAUUUUCAAACAGAGAACUUUUUCGUGGGUUUUUAACUCCUUCAUGGCCAGAAUUUUGUUCAUUUGUAUUUAAUUUGUAGAAAUAUCCAUUAUUUUCUUUCAUUCACAGCUACUGUGAUCCGAGAAGUACCGAACUGUCAAUUCCCAACUCGAGCGAAAUGGAAGUCAAGAUGCUGGCCGAUAAACCCAGGUAAACCACAUAAUACAAAAUUGUUGACAAAGUAGUUCCUUCAUCAUUUAAGCCCUCUGCAAGUACUUGCAAAAAUUAAGCUUCUUUUUUUUUUCCAGUAACAACAAGGACAUGAAUGAAAAAUCCAUUGAUAACAUUCUAUACGUCAGGUAAUAUAUUGCCUUCUUCUUUCUAAAGAUCAGUAUUUUUUAAGUGAAAAUGUAUCACCGGCUUACUCUCUCCUGCUCCAUGUAAAGGUUUAAAAGACUCCCGAGACAUUUUUGUACAGUGCAAUUUAUUUUUAUUUUUUUAAUUAUUUGUUUGUUUCUACCAGCGGUUCUGAUGGAGAAUAUACAGCUUUAUCUAAAGAACACACUCCACCCACUUACGAAAGGUAAAUUGAAGUAUCCUGACGGAUGGUUUAAGUAAUUCCCCUUGUUACUUUCAAAAUAUAAAAAGUAAAACUGAUAAUGUUUUAGAACUGACAAUGGAGGCCUUAUGUGCCUACUGGCGCGACGAGACAUAAUGAUGAUGAAGAAAACUGACAAUGACCUCCUCGGUACAGAUUCAAAAAGAGAGUAAGCCAGAGGUGUCUGUUUUUAUUCAUACGGAAUUGUAUGAAAUUUCGAAUUCUUUUCAAUGAGAUUCACCAAAAGAACUGUCCACGACAGGGAAGAGAGUUGUUUCUCUUCCGCUCUUUGUAGCUGGAAUGAUUUAAUUUACUAAUAAAAAGAACUUUUGAUUCCUGAUCCCAUUCAAACCGUUGGCAUUAAAUUCUCAUAGGUGUAGAUAUAACUCCUAUUAUGACUUCUAAACCUCAGUCCCUUGUAUUUAAGUUAAAAAAAGAACAAAAGCAACAACAACAACUAACACGUCACAACUUUAUAUUAGCGUUUUCGUCUUUAUCCUGGUAAUCAAUAGUCUUUUUGUAACGUUCAAUAAUGCAAAAUACAUAUGAAAAUCUAAUUGCACGAGCAGUACUUUUUCAUAAAUGUUGAUUUUUCCCUUUUUGCUUUCAGACUGGUUUAAUCUCUGUGGUAGUGCAGGCAGCACGAGUAUACAACACUGACAACACGAACCCUUUUUAUAGUUUUGCAGUGUUGCGAGACUUGAAUUAGUUGUGUUUUACUUUUACAUACGAUUUAAUAUUUUGCUAGUGUCUGACGUAAGGGGUGUUGGCAAGGGAUAAGCCACACCUCUUCGAGACCUGAAACAUCUUAUUUUUUCAGCUCUCGGUUAAAUAAGUACUUUUUAGUACUUCAAGCGCAGUGUCUUAAGACUUACUGCUCGCAUCAACGGAACACUAAGGUCAAUUUACAGUAACUCAGUUAAACCUCGUCAAUACGGACACUAAAUGGACCACAGAAAGUGUCCGUAUUAAGCGGGCUGAAAUUUGAGGAAAUGAAAGGUCUUUUCCCCGCAGGGACAAAGCAAACUGUCCGUAAUAAAAAGAUUUCCGUAAAGCAGGAUGUGACUGUAUAAGAAAAUGUAGGAUUAGAGUUUUUGCCGCUUGUCUGUGACUCUUCAAUUCCAUUCGUCCUUCCACGCAUCGUAAACCAAUGUGGAAUGUCACUCCUAUCCAGGGAAGAAUGUGAGAAUAUACAGUAUGUCAUAAAAGUGAUAUGCGCCAGUCAGAUCAAAUUUUGACAGCUGUCAAAAUAAGACAUUUGCUGGCCUAUACUGAGCCGUUGGUGGUAUAAGAAUUAAUGUAAUGUCUCCAAAAAAGUAUCCGUACUGCAUUGUGUAUUAUCAAUUUCGGAAUCGACACUGAAUAGAAUUGCAUGGUAGAGAAUAAGGAACCAACAAUCGCUAAAUACAGCUGCAUUUAUGAAAUGUGUUAUUCUUUACGUUGCAGCCGGUGGGCGAGUAAUGAUUUAGCACUUGAUAACGCUUCAUACAGGGACGAGAGAAGCUUUUUAUAAAAACACACAUGACACAGUUAACAUUUCGCGUGAACUUUUAUUUACAUUCAUAUCUGUACAUGUAUUUUGAAGAUAUGGUGAUCCGAAUACUAAGAACAUCAUAUGACACUAAGUGCAAGGUUUUGCACAUAUUCUGCGAGAUAGCUCACACUCGAACCGAGUCGAACAUCGCCAAGAGAACUUGCUCACAUGGCUAUUCCAGCUACUUGUUAAUGAAAAUCCUCAUCCUGAUUCCCUCUUGCCCUUGGCCUACUUUUAAGUAAAUUACAAUAUCUUUGCUUCUUUAUCACCAACAAGAUAAGAAAUAACUACACCAUAAUAGCAUCGACAUCAGCGUACUUGCUUCUGUAGCGUUUGUUGUAGAUGCAGUGGAACCUGUUUUUGUGCGAUUAUUAUUCCAUGUGCCGUUGAUGUCAGGAGUACUUGGAUUUAAGAACGUGGUAGUUCGCGUUGGGGCAAAACUGUACGAUGAACCCGCAGAUAGCACUGAAGAUGAUGAUGAUGUUGAUAAUGAUGAUAAUAAUAAUGAUGAUGAUGACGAUGACGACAAUGAUGAUGAUGAUGAUGAUGGCGUUGGCGUUGGUGGUGGUGACCACGGCGAUGAAGAAGGAAAUAGUGAUGGAGACGUCGGCAUUGUGGGCGGAAUUUCUGUAAAGAAAUAG